UCAAGGUCAUGUCACAAAUAUUAAUCGUGACAAGUCGAAUAGUUACAACAAUUUUGGAAAAACUUGACUUUCUCUUUUUCUUUACGCAUAGUUUAUGCACACAGAGUGGUUUUGUUUUUGAGACAUUGGACUCUUUAUUUUAGAAUCACUUUGUGUUUAUCUCAAAUUCUCAAAUGAGAGCUAAUGGCCGCCGAACACUAAUCACGAAACAGCUGAUGUGCGUCGUUUGAUUUAUCAAUUAACAUUCCUGUAUUCAACAUUGUUUAAAUGAUACUUUAUUCGCAAAACAGUUCUCUGUGGAAUUCAGGAUGUCACUGACCAUUCAACAAAUUAUUUUGGAUGCUAAAAGAUUAGCGGGCCGUCUUAAAGAAAGGGAAACCGAAGCGGAUGCUUUAUUGACUGAGACACAAUCGGCAUAUAGACAAAUUCAUACCAUGAAACAGUACAAAGAAGAAGUGGACACACUCAAUGAAGCUUCAAGAGAAAGACCUCGGGGAGAACUAAUUGCCAGUAUUGAAAGAGAAUCUCGACUAAUGCGUGAUGUACAAAAAGAGAACGGAGAGCUCCGAGCUGCACUAGAAGAUCACAGAAGGGCUUUGGAACUUAUUAUGUCCAAAUAUCGUCAGCACACUGAGAAGAGAAUAUGGGAAUCACGGAUAGAUUUUACAUCUGCAAUUAAUGAUAAACAGCAAGAGUUGAUUCGUCAACAAGCAGAAAGAAUAAAUGAGAUGACCAGCGUGAUGUACAAAGCUGUUACCUUGGAUGAAAAUUCUGAUACAAGAAAAGAAGAAGAAUUGUACCAAAGGCUUAUUACCGAGAACAAGGGUCUUAGGGAGAUGUUGAAUCUGUCGAGGCGGUAUGGAUCUGAGCGAUCAUUAGCUCCUCCCAUGGAAGAUAAGCAUGUACAAACUGACGGACCCCCAGUUACAAGCGCGUGACGCUCCGCGGCGGACACAUGCCGCCUCUAAUGCGCUCAUUGCGCUUCUUCUAGCGCCAAAUGCGCCUCUUUAUUGCGCUGAAGGUGCCUCUUACAUAGGUAGAUAACACUAAACCUCCUGUCGGCACAUUUGCCUUUUAUUUCACACUAAUUAUUGCACACAGAUUGUGAUAUACUGUUUGAAACCAUUCAAAAAAGUGUAAGUCUUUAACAACAUUUGCAUUGCUUUGUUCCUAUAAAACAGCAUUGCUCAGUGUGUUCCAUGAAGCUCUAAGGCUCUCAGGGAUCAAACAAAAUAUUUACCGAUCAUAAUAAAAUACUAAAACUGUACUGUACGGUUCCAAAGGAAAAAUCCGUCAAAAGUUUAAUAAUGCGUCCCUACAAAAAGUAAGAACGCAAACUGAUCUAGCGACGCGAGAAAAUAAUUACAAAAAAUAGAUGUUUUACUAUUCUAGUGUAGACAAAAAUCAAACCUAGAAUCUAGAUUUCCGUCAAAUACUCCUUUUGUCUAUUGACAAAUCCU